AUGCGCCAUUCGGUUAUAGUUAUUGUUCUUAUUGGACUUACUGGUCAUCUUCAUAUCGAAGUUAAAGGAUUGACAUUGACAAAAAGUGAAAAUCAUACAAUAUCACGGCAGAUUCAAUCAUUAGAAACUGUUAAUCUACCUGACAUAAUUAAAAACGAUCCUAAAUAUCGAAUUGAUUGCAAUCCAGAUAUUGAUGAGUAUCGAUCCUUCUGUAAUCUUAAUCUUUCAGUGAAUCGAACUUUACAUACAACGAAUCAAUCGUGUACAGCUCGUGGAUGUAUAUGGGAUACUAACAUCGGAUUAGGUGUUCCUACUUGUUACAUUCCGAUUGAAAAAGGUGGUUAUAUAUUGAAAGAAGAACCCACUCAACUUUCAUCUGCUAUAACACAAUACAUACUGACUCGUCUUUCAACUAGUCUAUUACACAUUCGAUCAGUGACAUCACAGUCAUUCGUCAAUUCGAUUCCUACUACUCGAGCAAAUCAAUUUUCCAUGUUUGGUCACGAUAUUGAAAAUUUAAAGGUUCAAAUUAGUGUAUCCGGUUCUCAAAUGAUACGUAUGACUAUACGUGAUGCAAAUACAGAACGAUAUGAAGUUCCUGUUCCUAUUCGAUGGGAUCCAUCGGCUUCAACAACAACUGCUUCAGCUAAAAUUGAAUUUCAAAUGAAAAAAACUAUGAAUGAACAAGUUGGAUUUCGAGUUCAACGUACAGAUUCACAAUCAAUUCUAUUCGAUACAACAUUCUUUGCCAAUGGUUUUGUUUAUGAUGAUCAAUUUAUUCAAAUAAUAACAACAAUUCCAUCUAGAAAUGUCUAUGGUUUUGGCGAAAAUACCCAUCCCACUUUUCGACAUAUUUUAAAAGGAUCAUCUCGUUAUGGAAUUUUUGCUCGAGAUCAACCGCCACAGGGUACCAAUGAAAAUUUGUAUAGUACUCAUCCAUUUUAUAUGGUUAUCGAACCUGAUGGACAAGCUUUCGGUGUAUUAAUCUUUAAUUCAAAUGCACAAGAUUAUAAAUUUGAUGAAUUCGAUAAUGAUAAAGCGAUGCUUACUUAUCGAACUAUUGGUGGUAUUUUAGAUGUGUUCUUUUUUGCGGGAUCAUCUCCAGAACUAGUUGUUCAACAAUAUCAAACAGUAAUUGGUCGUCCUUAUAUGCCACCUUAUUGGGCACUUGGAUUUCAACUUUGUCGAUACGGUUAUGACACACUUGAGAAUAUGAAAGCGGCUAUGUUUAGAACACUCAAUGCAAGUAUUCCUAUUGAUGUUCAUUAUGGUGAUAUUGAUUAUUUUCAAAAGAGACUUGAUUUCACUUGGAAUCAAAUAGAUUUUGAUGGUUUACCGGAAUAUGUCAAUUGGUUACAUGACAAUGGAAUGAAAUUUAUUACAAUUCUCGAUCCAGCUAUUGAUUCAGAAGAAAAAAAUUAUUCAACUUAUGAUGAAGGAGAAAAGGCCAAUAUUUGGAUAAAAUGGCCUGCACAUCGAAAUAUUCAAUUUAAUGAAACAGGCAAUCGAAACAUGAUCGGUUAUUUCGAUGGUCUUUGGAUUGAUAUGAAUGAACCAGCUAAUUUUGAUACAAACAAAGAACAACCAUGGAACUGGAAUUUAACUGUGCCUAGGAACGAAUCAUGGAAUCUUCAUUGUCCUGUCGCUCUCGAACCAUUAGAUAAUCCACCGUAUAAAACAGCGAUUUGUGGUGAUUAUAUAUCUGAUAAAACUUUGUGCAUGAUAGCUGAACAAACCAACGGUAGAGAAAGAAUUUAUACUCAUUAUGAUGUUCACAAUUUAUAUGGUUGGUCAGAGAUAAUUGCUACAUUACCGGCAGCACGUGCCACCGAAAAUAAACGAUCAGUUGUGAUUAGUCGAUCUACAUUUCCGACGUCUGGUAGUUUUGGUGGUCAUUGGCUUGGUGAUAAUAUAGCAGAAUGGUCACAUCUUAAAUAUAACAUUAUUGGAAUGUUAGAAUUCAAUUUAUUCGGCAUUCCUUAUAUUGGUGCUGAUAUUUGUGGUUUCUUUGGAAAUACAACAGAACAAAUGUGUCAACGAUGGAUGCAACUAGGUGCUUUCAGCCCAUACUUUCGAAAUCAUAAUGGUAACAAUGAAAAUGGUACCAAGUUUAUUGAACAAGAUCCUGGAAUAUUUUCGCCAACUGUAGUUGCAUCAAAUCGUCGUGCAGUUGAACUACGAUAUACUCUUAUACCAUAUUUAUAUACAUUAUUCUAUCGUGUUCAUAUUUCUGGUGGUACUGUUGUACGUUCGAUGGCUCAUGUAUUUCCAACUAUUCCUGAUUGUUGGCCACUUGAUGAACAAUUUUUAUGGGGUUCAUCAUUGAUCAUUGCUCCAGUUAUCUAUGAAAAUCAUAUCAGUAAAUCUGUCAAUCUACCUUGGACUGAACGAUGGUUUGAUUAUUAUACUGGUCAAGAAAUAAUAACACUUAAUCAAACAGUUGUUUCAGCACCCUAUGAUUUUAUUCCAUUAUUUUUACGUGGUGGUGUUAUAAUUCCUCAUCAACAAUCAGCUAUGAAUACUGUAAAAUCACGUAAGAAACCUCUCUUUCUUAUUGUAGCAUUGAAUAAGAACAAUGAUGCUUCUGGUGAUUUGUUUUGGGAUGAUGGCGAAUCAAUUGAUACUUAUGACAAAAUGCUUUUCAAUUAUUUCAUUUUCACUUACAAAUCAUCAGGUCUAACAAUUGAACCAUGGACAUAUAAAUAUCCACAAAUGGGCAAUGAAAUCAAAUUAGAAGAAAUCAAAAUAUUUGGUAUGAAUAAAAAUCUAACGAGAAUUUUAUGGAAUGGACAAGAGUUAAAACCAGUAGAACAAUGGAUAUUCAAUGCAACAAUGAAUGUCUUGCAUAUGACAAAUCUUAAAUUAAAUAUGGUUAAAACACAUAAAUUCGUUUUUAUUUAA